AGGAGGGGUGUAGACAGAACGAGAGAGAGAGAGAACUCGAGCAGUCUCUCAGAUCUUGGCUGUGGUGAGGACACCCAGGAGAAGCGCAUUCCUGAGGCAGCAAGAAGAGGAGAAGGCAGCAAGAUAGAGCAGAGGAGAAGUCGCGACAUCCUUAAAGUCUCCUCCCGUAACCACAUCUGACUGCCUCUGACCUCCGCCGGGCUCCACACACUCUUCACACACACAUACACACAGACUCUCACUCGCUGCCUCGCAAACCGGUCGCACAACCGGCUCUGCUGCUCUCUCAGAAGUAAAGGAUUUCCCCGAGUGAGGAAGAGAGACGGAAGAAAAAAAAAAAGACAGAGGAAAUUAAAGACACUGAAGAGAAGGAAAGGAUCCUCUCACUCGAGCAAGUGCCAUGCAGCGUUGACCUGAAUCAAGCCAAGCUGAAGUGAUCUGUUUUGAAGACCAUCUUACCAUACACCCCGCCCUGCCCGGUCCCAGAUGGAGCUCAAAGUGUGGGUGGACGGAGUGGUGCGGGUGGUAUGCGGCUUAUCCGAGGAGACGUCCUGCCAGGAUGUGGUCAUUGCUCUGGCACAGGCCAUUGGUCAGACAGGCCGUUACGUUCUGAUCCAGCGUCUUAGGGAUACAGAGAGGCAGCUGUUGGCCACAGAGAGGCCUCUGGAGUCUUUGGCUAAGUUAGGCCAGCACGGCAGUGAAGUUCAGUUCUUUCUCCGGCGCACUGGCCCUAGUAGCAGUGACGGACCUGGCUCCAAACAAGACAGACCAACUCCCCUUCCACUUCCCAAGCACCCUGAGCCAGAGCCUUCGAAACGUAGCCAACCUAAGAAAGCACUCACCUUUAACCUGGGGCCAUCCACCUCUCCUAGAACCAAAGCCAAACAGUUUAAGAGGUCUCCUCGGGACUCUCCAGAACAGAGAGCCUCUCCCUCCCCUUCUCCCUGCCCUUUAUCCCCGCAUGUGCCAUCUCCCUCUCCUUCACCACCUAUCGGCCUGUCCAAAGAUGAGGUCUUUAGGAAAGUUCUUCAGCAACAGGAGAGACUAAGGACCAUCGAGGCUCAGCUAGAAGCCCUAGAGAGGGACUCACAUACCUGGGGUCGUCCCAACCCAUCUCCCUGUCCCUCACCAGUCUCUGACAGCCGUUUGCAGGAGGAGAUGGAUACUCUGGAGCAGUUGAUGCGGAGGAACCAGGCCGAGCUUGCCCACGAGCAGUACUGGGAGGACGAGCUUCAAGCAGAGGUGGAGAAAGAGCGGGGGAUGAGGAGGAAGCUGGGAGAGCUCCAUGCAAAGCUAGAUGACUGCGGACGGCGGCUCCACGAGUUCUCGGUCCGCUCCACUCAGCUGGAGCAAGAGAUCCAGCGGGAAAGCCAGGUGGAAGGAAGAGCCAAUGGGCCUGAGGAGUCCCUCGAUGCUGUGAAGGCAGAGCUCCAGAACCAGGAGAAGCAGGGGACAGAGCUGGAGGACCAGCUAUCUGAGACUGACAAGGCUCUGGGGAAGGCAGAGUCUCUGCUGCAGGCCAAACAGGAGGAGCUGGAGGAGCUGAAUAAGGAGCUGAGGCAGUGUAACCUGCAGCAGUUUAUUCAGCAGACAGGUGUCCUGCCAGCGCACACCAACUCACGCACAGAGCUUCAGGAGCAACUAGAACAGUUAGAACUCGCACAUCUCCUGCAAGAGGGAUACAAGAACGGAAGCCGUAGUGUAACUCCAGUGGAAUCCCCGCCUCGCCCCACUGCCAAACAGUUCCUGGGACAUCCACGCAACCUGCAAAACCCUCUAGUGUCCAGUCUCAACCCUGAGGUCCUGACAUCCCGAGAGUCGUCAUGGAGAUAAAUAUGGACCGCAGGGCCAAGGGAAACUUGUUCACUGUUCUGUCACCGUCAACUCUUAUUUGAAACCUUUCUUUGUAACUCUUGUCAUUAUUCGAUCUACCAUGAUAUACAUACUGUACAUAUAUAAGACAAAUAUAUUUACAGAGUUUUGCUACUCUAAACACUGCAAUGUAUCUGUAUGAAAUGUAAAAUAAUUUAGAAGCCUUUUACCUAGAGAAAUUAUUACUAUUACUAUGUAUUUAAAUAUAAUAAAAAUGUGUAUUGUGUUUUAGAUAAUCUUUCGUGGAGUGAUUUUUCUUUUUCUUUUUUUAAGUAACCUCUUUGUGGAAUCACAUUUAAUUCUAAUCAUCCUUGUUUAAACGACACAGUAACCAUAAGUGGAGGUGCAGCUCAUCUGCAGUAAGCUGUAGUAAAUAAUUAACACACCAGUGUACACUUUCUAAAAAUUACAGUGCCAUGAAGCUCCUAUGUGAAAUGCAUUAUGAAUAUAUUAUAUGUGCUGGAAUAUGCAUGCUUUCCUCAUUGCUUGUGGUAGAAUGCGUCCUGUGAUGCCACACAAUUGUCUCUGGGCAUUUUUCAAGCUGAUAUUCACAGAUGGCUGAUCGAUAGUUCACCAAGUGAUUCUUCUUUGGAUGCUGAGGGAAAUGUGCUGUUAUGGGUGAUGUAGGUCAGUAAAGACGCAAGGGCGCUGUAAACUUGUGAGGAUUCGAGAAACCUGACUAGCAAUCUAUUUAGCUAUAAAAUGUAUGUUAAAGUUCUUGAAUGUUCGCUCUGUCGUCAUGUAAUGAGUUGCCUCUCUUUUUCUUACUAAAGGACAUUUGAUUGCAGAACACUGUGGACUUUACCCCCCUGGAGCUG